GGCGGCUCCGCGGCUGCUCCGCCGAGCGGCGCCGGGGCCGGGCCGGGCCGGGCAGCGCAGCACGCUUGAAGCCCUGAAGCAGCGCUGUCAGGAGGUGACACCCCAGCUUGGGUACCAUCGCCGGGGCUGGAGGGAGCAUCUCCUGCAUCCUCGAGGACGUGCUAUGAUAAGCUCCUGUCCAUUGGUCUGGUGUCAGGGGGAAGCACAUGUGGAGAGUUCAUGCACGGGCCUGGCUGCUGAUGACCUUUUAGGUCUGACCUUGUAGGUCUACUCUGCGGCUUCAGGAUCUGUUCUUCAGGGAAGCAAAACUCAUCCAGAGCUGCUCAGCCCAUCCUGCCCAGCUGUAGGGCAAGCCCACCACUGUGGAGCUACCACUUGCUUGCACCUAUCAAGAUACUUCUUAUACUCUCAACAACAAGCAGCUCGUGUGCAUGUGGUCACUUCAAAAGAUGGAACAUGCUGCAGAAUCACCACUGGAUGAGCUUUCGGAAGGCCUGGCUUGUUAUUUAGGCAAAGCCAAGCUGCCCAUUGUGGUUUUUGGGCUCGGGUAUCCCUGCUCCCUCUCCUGAAUGUUGCUUACACCAACCAACGGUGCCCCUGGGGAUGUUUUCCCUUGAGCUCAGAGCAGCAGCACUCGACCUGGACCGAGCCAGCGGGGUGUAUUUCGGAGCUGUCGGGAAGGAGCUCUUGUCUUUGGAGCUCUCCUUGAGCAGAUGACUGACAAAGUGAUGAAUGGGAGGGUGCCCCUGCCUGAGAAAGCCUUGUCUGAGGGCUACGCCCGGCUGCGGUACCGGGACACCUCUCUGCUCAUCUGGCAGCAGCAGCAGCAGAAGCUGGAGUCAGCCCCCCCCAACACUUACCUGAGCCGCAGCCGCAGUAUGUGGUACUCCCAGUACGGCAACGAAGCCAUCCUGGUGCGGGACAGGAACAAGCUGGAUGUCUCCAGGGACACGGGGCAGUCUAAGUUUUGUGCUAUUAUGUGAUUUUGGUGGUUUCGCAUCAGAAAUCCACACGUGGAGACAAACCAGACUUGCGUCGAGCUGCAGGAGGUGGGUUGGCACCACCCUCAUGACAGACCAGAAAGGCUGUCUGAAGUUUAUGUUUGUUUUCACCUUUGGUAGCAUCAGAUUUUUCAUGUCAUAGUGUGUGCAUAAGAGAACCAGUCUCACUCGGGAUCUCCUGAGCCUGUGUUUGCUGCCUAGCAUCUUGGCAGGGUCCGUGCUGGACCACAUGUGGUUUGUAAGUGGCUUGUGUACCAUGAGAAGCACCCACUGUCAUGUGGGAGCCAUCUCCAGCUGCCACUUCCACUUGCUGGUCCUCAGGCACUGCCAAAGCUCCAUGAGUGCUGGUGGGAGAGUGGUGCUGCAGGGCCACCCUGUGCAGAGCAAAGUGCCCUCUCUCAUUCCACAGUUGGCAUCGUGGAAAUACCAGGACUUGUGGAGCUGGUGGAGCUGGCUGCCUUCACGCAGGUGACACUUUAUAUAUGUCACCAGGUGAGCUACCUGAAAGGGAGGGACAGGCCCAGGAGAGCAAUAGGAAGAAAGCUCCUGUAAAUACACACAUCUGCUGCUAAAGGACAUGAGGAAACUCCUACACAACAUGUCCCUGCACCCAGAGACCCGUUACAAAAGGAGACAGUCUGCUCAAGUUGGAUUUACAGUUUAGGUUUUCUUGCAUGCAAUAGCUUGGAAGGGUUCAUCUUCUAAUUCAGGUCAGAUAGUAGUUUUGGUGCAUGUAUUUUAAAAGUUGUGUCUGGGAGUGUUUAUUUCAACUAACUGAAGUGUUUUAGGAGGGAAAAAUACUACAAUUGCACUUCUUGGGAACGGAUUGCUUUCAGGUUGUUUCCUAACUUGCUCAAGGCAAGAUCAAGCUGAGAAACCCAAGCCAGCAAGCACCUAAACCUCUAUUAAAAACAAAGCAGCACCACUUCCCAGGGUACUAAUUAUGUGCCCAGGGUUCAGUGUUAGUGUGUGACUCUGGGCAUAAGUCACAGACUCCCUGUCUGUCCUGCCCAGGAUGUCCUGCAGCCCUGUCACAGCUCUCAAGUACAGGCUUAACUUCAAGCAAAUCAGUAUUUGAUGUUGGCUUCAGUAUGGGUUAUUUACCUGCCUAAGCUCAGGCAUGGUCAUUACAUACAUUUAACAAAAACCUCUUGUUCAUUUUUCAAGCACUUUAUUAUUUUUUUUAUUUAAAUACAGCAAAGAACCUUCUCCCCCUCUCCCGUGUGCAUCAAAUGAUACAAAACACACACUCAAGUUUGCUGAACUCUGGGCCGAGCAGAACGUACCUGUUUUAACACAAGAUCAGAGAGGUUUGAUGCACUUGGCCCAUAGCACAUGUGUGUACUGCAAACCACAGGCAGCUCCUUUUUAUUUUUUGAAGUACUAUUUAUGCAUGUGUUGAUGUUCAGUACCUUAUGUGUGUGCUCAUACAACUAACCCUGCUGCAGGACCCCAGUGCUUCGCAGCCCCUUGUGCUGCUCUGCACGCUCACACAGUCCUCUUCAUCUUGCCAGGAAUAGCUCUGGAUGGGAAAUGUUUUGAUGAAUGUUUUUCAACUGGGGAGAAAGCAUUCAAUGAGAUUCCCAAAACCUGAGAGGCUCAGAAAGCUGCUGGCAGCAGAGGCUUCUGGACUGGGUGUGCUGUUUAAGGCAGAGCAUUGCCAGGGAUACAUGACCCGCCCAGGCUCCAGUUCUCAGCCAAGCACACAGGUAAUUAUUCCUAGAAACAGGCAGGAAGCUGGUCUGAGAGCUCCCAUAGGAACUGCAGGGAAAAGCAACCUGGAGAGGCAGGAGAGGUUGGUUCAGGGCUCCCAGGGGAGCAUGUGAACUCUGGGAGUUUAAGGAACAGCACAUCAUUUUCUUUACUUUUCUUAUAGAAAAAAAACCAAAAAGACUUAGGUUUGGUUUUGUUUUUUAAUUUCAGUAAGAAAUUAUUUGGGGUAUAAUCAGUCUCUUUUUGUUAUGUGGCUGGUAAGCCAAAAUUCAGUUAUUUGAAGAGUGCUAAUUGGACUAUACAAGAAUGAAAAGUGAAGUAUGUGCAUAAAUUCUUCCAGGAUUGAGGCUGGACAUGACAGUGAGGGAAGAUCAUGACUUGUUCUUCCAUCCCCGUGAAUGUGACUGGAUCAUUUUCCAUAUUUGUGUCCUUAUUAGUCACAGCAGGUUUGUGGAGUGGCUGCUCGGAAGGAGCAUUUCUGUAAGCCAGUUGUGUAGUGUUGAUGCACUUGUUUAAAAUGCUGGUGUAGCUUCUUUGGUAAAGUGCAUUAAAAUGAUUUGAAUGCAUGAUCACAA